AAAAAGGAGGCAAAAAUGUGCAGGAUGAAUAAGUUGGUGGCACUUUUGUUUGUGGCUGUGCAAAUUCAAAACGUCAAGCCCGUGAUCCACACGCUCAAGUAUAUCCAUACAGCGUCGUCUCAAAUUCCAAAUUUUCCAGAGUUCUUGAGUGUCGGUUAUGUUGACGGUGUUCAGAUUGUUCACUACGACAGCAAGAGCAGGAAAUAUCGACCCAAACAGGACUGGAUGAACAAAAUCACAGCCGAGGAUUCACGCUACUGGGAGAGAAACACACAGAGCAAUAUUAAUAUAGGGCAGACCUACAAAGUCAACAUUAAAAAUCUUCAAGAGCGCUUCAACCAAACUGGAGGUGUUCACAUGGUCCAGCGGAUCUCUGGCUGCGAAUGGGACGAUGAGACCGGCGAGGUGGACGGUUGGCAACACUUCGCUUACGACGGAGAAGACUUUAUAUCGUUUGAUUUGAAGGGACUGAGGUGGAUCGCGGUCAAGCCGCAAGCUGUCGUCACCAAACACAAGUGGGACCAAGAUGACAGCUAUAAUCAAUGGAAGAAGCAUUAUCACACUGAGGAAUGUCCUGCCUACUUGAGGAAGCACGUUCGCAAUGGGAGGGACUUCCUCAUGAGAACAGAGCUUCCGCGGAUCUCCCUGCUGCAGAAGACGUCGCGGUCGCCGGUGACCUGCCACGCCACGGGAUUCUACCCCAGGGAGGCCGACCUGUUUUGGAAGAAGGAUGGCAAGCAGCUCUUUGAGGAUGUGGAGAUGGGCGACACCCUCCCCAAUCACGACGGGACCUUCCAGACCACCGCCGACCUCAUAGUGGUGGACGCCAACGCCAAGUACGAGUGCGUCUUCCAGCUGCCCGGCGUCCCGGAGGACGUCGUCGUCCCGCUGGACCCCGCAAAGGUCCUGAGCAACGAGCGUAUUGAAGCGGAAGAAAGGAGGAAGAUGGCGCUGGCUGUCGGCAUCCCACUGGCGUCCCUCGCCCUGAUUCUCACGAUCGUUGUUGUCGUCAUUGUUGUCCAACGCAAAAAAGCCGAUUACACCAGAGCUGCCAAUUCUGAGCAAUCUUCCUCCGAGAGUGCUUCCGAGGCCGCUUCUUCCGCCGAGACCUCUUUUGCCGAGCCCGCUCCCGAAUGAGACGCCUUUUCACGGCGUAGGAAGACGAGUGAGAUGUCUCCAGGCAAGCGCGUUCUCAUCAUCCCGGAUUUGAAAAGAUGAGAUUUGUAGUUAAUGUGGACAAGGCAUGUGCUGGUUACAGGUUUAAGGUAUACCGUGGUAUGAAAACGUCAAGGUUUCAGAACUGCUAAAAUUUUCCGUCAUCCCGUCAUGUUGUUAGCUAUAUUUUUAUGUCCCAAAAAUGCAGAGCUCACCCCUCCCUCUCAUGUUGUCGCUCAGUGUCAGUGACUCAGCUGUGCUGCACCCUGGCUAGAGAACAUGAAACACCUGAACUUUUUCUGCCCAUUGAAGAAAAGAAAGUCGCUGGUAUGGGAAUACUUCAGGUACAGGAAAGUUACAGACAGCUGUGUGGACCAACAGCAGUGUUGUUAAUAACGGCGUUAAAGUACAACGGUUUUAUUUUUUUCAGCAGUUAGUAAUCUAAUUAAUUACUUUUCUCAUCUUGGCAACGUCGUUAUCGUUACUAGGCAUGUAAAGGCGUGCGGUACUAUGCGUGACUACGUUAGUUGAAUGACAUGAGAAAAGUUUUGAGAGACACGGACUCACGGAGACGAGAAGGCAGAGCGGGACUGGGGAGGAGGCAAGGGACUUGUGAUGCCGUUGCAAACGCGAUGCUAGGUGGCUCCAAUAAUACCUGACUGUAGCCAAUAGCCUACAAGCCACACCCACAUGAUGCUACGGUAGAUAUCUUACGGUAGAUUUUCUAUGGGGUUGAGAGUGGCUAGGCCACUCCAGGACCUUGAAAUGCUUCUUACGAAGCCACUCCUUUGUUGCCCUGGCUGUGUAUUUGGGAUCAUUGUCAUGCUGAAAGACCCAGCCACGUCUCAUCUACAAUGCCCUUGCUGAUGGAAGGAGAUUUUCACUCAAAAUCUCUCGAGACAUGGCCCCAUUUACUCUUUCCUUUACACAGAUCAGUCGUCCUGGACCCUUUGCUGAAAAACAGCCCCAAAGCAUGAUGUUUCCACUCCCAUGCUUCACAGUGGGUCUGGUGUUCUUCGGAUGCAAUUCAGUAUUUUUCCCCUCCAAACACGAGAACCUGUGUUUCUACCAAAAAGUUCUAUUUUGGUUUCAUCUGACCAUAACACAUUCUCCCAGUCCUCUUCUGGAUCAUCCAAAUGCUCUCUAGCGAACCGCAGACGAGCCUGGACGUGUACUUUCUUCAGCAGGGGGACACGUCUGGCAGUGCAGGAUUAGAGUCCCUGGUGGCGCAUUGUGUUACUGAUAGUAGCCUUUGUUACUGUGGUCCCAGCUCUCUGUAGGUCAUUCACUAGGUACCCCCGUUUGGUUCUGGGAUUUUUGCUCACCGUUCUUGUUAUCAUUUUGACGUCACAAGAAGAGAUCUUGCAUGGAGCCCUAGAUCAAGGGAGAUUAUCAGUGGUCUUGUAUGUCUUCCAUUUUCUAAUAAUUGGUCCCACAGUUGAUUUCUUUACACCAGGCGUUUUACUUAUUGCAGAUUCAAUCUUCCUAGCCUGGUGCAGGUCUACAAUUUUGUCUCUGGUGUCCUUCGACAGCUCUUUGGUCUUGGCCAUAGUGGAGUUUGGAGUGUGACUGACUGAUAUUGUGGACAGGUGUCUUUUAUACCGAUAAAGAGUUAAAACAGGUGCCAUUAAUACAGGUAACGAGUGGAGCUUCGUUAGACCUCGUUAGAAGAAGUUGGACCUCUUUGACAGCCAGAAAUCUUGCUUGUUUGUAGGUGACCAAAUACUCAUUUUCACCUCUAAUUUGGAAAUUCUUUAAAAAUCAAACAAUGUGAUUUUCAGUUUUUCUUUUUUUCCACAUUCUGUCUCUCAUGGUUGAGGUUUACCCAUGUUGACAAUUACAGGCCUGUCUAAUCUUUUCAAGUAGGAGAACUUGCACAAUUGGUGGUUGACUAAAUACUUAUUUGCCCCACUGUAUAUAGAACUAGAUGCGAAAUGAUAGACUAGCCGGCGUUAGUAAACAUCGGCCAUCUUAAAGCAGUAGACUUCUCAGGAAGGCUGUGUUGUAGAGAACCUUCCUAGUAAACCUAAGUAACUUUUUAUCUCAAAUACUCCUAAAUCGACAAAAUCUUGACUUGAAUCUAUCGUUAAAUAAUGAAACAGUUUUAAAACUUUCACAUGUCGAAAGUAGACAAAAGGGCUAUAACGGGAGCAAUUUUAACAACUUUAACCGUUGAUUCACAACGUUAAAUGACUUCCAAACAUAUUAAAGGUUACUGUGUUUUUUUGGUUUGUUUUAUUUCUUUGGGAAUGGAAAAAAAAAACAUGAAAAGUAACACUACUUUUCCAAGUAACUAUUUACUCUUACAUUCAGGUAACUGAGUUACUUACUCAAUUACUUUUUGGGAGAAGUAAUUUGUAACUAAUUAUUAUUAUUAUUAUUAUUUUAAGUGAGAUUAACAACACCGGGCAAGGGCUAUGUGAU